UGGCGUACAUGAUGGCGGUCGCCGUCGGUCGGAUCCGCGAACUUUGCUAAAUAACGCCGUGUUUAACGCCGCCGCCGCUUGUUUCUCAUCGCUAAACACUAGUAAUUAACUUACGUGAGCGUUUGCGUAUGAUUACCGCACGCGUGGGGGUCUACAAGUGGUGAUUUCACGCUGGAGAAGUGUCGCCCCAAAGAGUAGUUCGUGUGUGUGCGCGAGUGCGUGUGCGCCAUCCCUCCGCCGAUCGUCAAUUGUCAAACAACAUUGGGCGACACAACAAGACCAGCAACAAACAAAACAGAGACAGGCGGAGACAUGCUGAGAGCGCGUGUGGAAGGCGCUCCGGCAGCGCGCUGCGUUGAUCCUGGACAUUACUAGCUGGCUGACGCACUGGUGUUCAAUGUGCGACAAUGAACGCGCUAAACUCCGGCGAUCACAUCGAUUUCACGUCGGACGAGAACAUCGUCAAGUGGAAGGGUGUGCUCAUUGUUGCACUCAAGAAGGUGUUGGAGCAAGUGCAUCCUUCGCUUCAGGCCAAAGAUGAUGCUUUGGAGUAUGUGGAGAAGCUGUGCCUGCAGCUUCUGGGCAUGCUGUGUGCUAAACCUAGUCCAAUCAGUGUCCAGGAUGUGGAAGAUCGAGUCCAGAGCACAUUCCCAAAGCCCAUAGACAAAUGGGCGCUCAAAGAAGCGCAGGACGCGCUCCACAAGGGCAAGAAAUACAAAUCCGUAUUGCCCGUCGACAAAAUACACAACCUACUGCAAAAGGAAUUGCAUCACUGUAAGUUCGACACAGCCGUCUCCCUCUUCCUGGUGGCUGUCCUCGAGUACAUCUCCGCCGACAUCCUCAAACUCGCCGGCAACUAUGUGAAGCACAUCAAGCACGUCGAGAUCACCUACCAGGAUGUGCAGAUCUCGAUGAACGCCGACAAGACCACAGCUAUGGCGUUGAUGGACAUGUUCUGCCAGAACGAAAGCGGUGCGCCAUUAAAUACACUCGAACCGGCCGUGGUGGCGCCCUCUCGCGGUUCACUCACCUAUGAAGAAGUGGUGCGUGAGUUAAUGGCGUCCGAACGACAAUACCUGCGUGAAUUACACAUGAUUAUUCGUGUGUUUCGCGAGGAGAUUAUUAAACUCAAAGCGGAUCAACGCCAGCUGGACGCCAUCUUUUCUAAUAUCUUGGAUAUUUAUGAUUUGACUGUGACGCUGCUUGGUAGUUUAGAGGAUGUGAUGGAGAUGGCACAGGAGCAGAUGCCCUAUGUGGGUACUUGUUUCGAGGAGUUGGCCGAGGGCGCUGAGUUUUCUGUGUAUAAUAAGUACGCAAAGGAUGUGAUGUCGCCGACGUGUCGCGAGACGCUGAAUGCGCUGUUGAAUCAGCAGGAUGUUAAUAAGAUGGUGCUCACGGCGGGCACUGGCAUGAAGCUGGCGCUCAAAUAUUAUCUGCCUGCGCUGCUCAUGGGACCCAUUCGGCAUUGUUUUACCUACGAGGAGUAUCUGAAGCUGUUGAUUGGGCUGUCGCAAGCGCCUGAUGAUAAGGAGGCGUUGCUGCAGGUUGAUGGGUUGCUUAUUCCGUUAUUUGCAUUUUUAGAACGUUCUUGUGCAUUCCAAUUGUUACCACGCAAUUCUCAACUGCAUGCCCGGGCAAGAAGACAGGCCGCUAUUGAAAAGAUCCAAGAAUUGGAGAAAAACGUCGAGAAUUGGGACUCGAAGGACCUCGGCCAGUGUUGUAAUGAAUUUAUUCGAGAGGAUGUUUUAAUGAAAGUAAGCUCUGGAAAACGUCUAACCAAACGCCGCGUCUUCCUCUUCGACGGUCUGAUGAUCCUCUGCAAGCAUAACUCGCGUCGCGUCUCAUCCGCGCACGCAAAUCACCCCGAAUGGCGUCUGAAGGAGCGCUUCUUCCUCCGCAAGCUAGAAAUCAUCGAUCAUGCCGACACUGACGAAGUAAAACACGCGUUCGAGCUGUGCCCGCGUGUGCAUCCGUCGAUUAUACUCUGCGCGGCGUCCGCCGACGAGAAAAACUCCUGGAUGGCUGAUAUUGUCAUGCUCAACACGCGCUCCAUGCUCGAACGCAUCCUCGACAGCAUUCUCUCUGAUAUAGAGCGUAAACAUCCGCUGAAAUUACCAUCGCCCGAGUUGUAUAAAUUCGCCGAGGCGGAUUCCAAAGAGAAUAUCAUCCUGGAGCAUCGUGAAAAUGGCGGUGUGCCGCUGAUUAAAGGCGGCACGAUUUAUAAAUUAGUCGAGAGGCUGACGUAUCAUAUCUACGCGGAUCCGAAGUUUGUGCGCACGUUUUUAACGACGUAUCGGUCGUUUUGCGCGCCCACUGAGUUGUUGGACUUGUUGAUUUUACGGUUUCACAUUCCCGACCCGUCGCUGGUGUACGAACAGGAGGGGAACAAUUGCGAUACGGAUAAGAUGCAGAAGAACUCGCAGCGCGAGGACUGGAAGCGCUAUCGCAAAGAGUACUGCCAGCCGGUACAGUUUCGAGUGUUGAAUGUGCUGCGACACUGGGUCGAUCAUCAUUUCUACGAUUUCGUUAGGGAUGAGGUGUUGUUGGAGAAACUCAUGGGGUUUCUGCAGGCGGUCAAUGGGAAGUCUAUGCGGAAGUGGGUGGAUUCUGUGCUGAAAAUUGUCCAGAGGAAAAAGUCGGAACAAGAUGGCCAACCACUCAACAUUACCUACGUAAUGGACGCACCGAAACCACCGCUAGAAUGGCACAUCGCAAAGAAAGAGGAAGACUUCUCGCUUAUGACGCUGCAUCCGGUUGAACUGGCGCGACAGCUGACAAUGCUUGAGUUUGAUUUGUAUCGAACAAUCAAGCCAUCCGAAUUGGUCGGCUCUGUAUGGACAAAGAAGGACAAAGAGAAGACUAGUCCCAAUUUAUUAAAAAUGAUUAAACACACAACAAAUAUGACGCGUUGGUAUGAGAAGAACAUUGUCGACACACCGAACUUUGAAGAACGCUGCGCGGUUGUGAAUCGAAUCAUCGAGAUCAUGACACAUCUGGACGAUUUAAAUAACUUUAAUGGUGUGUUGGCGAUUAGUUCCGCCAUGGGCUCAGCGUCGGUCUUUAGAUUAAAACACACUCUAGCUGCAUUGUCACCGCAAAAUAGAAAAGUAUUGGACGAAUGCCCCGGCGCAGAUGAUCGUUUCAAAAAGUACCAAGAAAAACUACGCUCGAUAAAUCCACCGUGCGUGCCCUUCCUCGGCAUGUAUCUCACCAACAUCCUGCACAUCGAGGAGGGAAAUCCUGAUUUCCUGCCGAAUACGCAAUUGAUUAACUUCUUCAAGCGGCGGAAAGUCGCUGAGAUCACCGGGGAGAUCCAACAGUAUCAAAAUCAACCGUAUUGUUAUGAUCUUGAACCAAAAAUACGCCAUUAUCUAGAGACGUUGAAUCCGUUUGAAGACAUGCAGGACACAGACAUCUCCAAUUAUCUCUUCAACAAAAGCAUGGAGAUUGAACCGCGCGGCUGCAAACAAGUGCCAAAGUUCCAGCGGCGAUGGCCGCCCGCACAUCUGAAAUCCCCCAGCACGAAAUCCAAGGUAUCCAAAGCAGCGAUCGUCCCAGCGCCGGCGUUCAAUUCCUCAUCAUCCUCCUCAACAAGCGUAUCGGUGAAUUCACACGUUAAAGACACCACGCUGAGUAAUCACAAUCACAACGCAAAGAGUGAUGAUAGCGGAAAAGAAGAUUCCAGUAAGAGCGACAGUGAGUUCAGCGUGUUUGCGCAGGUGCAACUCGGGCAGAACAGCCCGACGUUGAGUCCGGCAUCACCAGCGGCGCCUGUAUCACACAUUGGCGUAUUCCAACCGGGGCAUGUACGCAGCCCGAGUGUAUCGAGCACAUCGUCGAGCAUUAGCCGCCAUCGACCGGAACCUCUACCACCUCCGGCCGCUGUUUUCGUACCGGCGAGACAUCAGUUCGGACCGAGUAGUCCUGGCCCGCAUAGUCCAGCAUCACCGGGGCCGUAUGUCGCGCUGCAGGAACCGAAUAGUCCUAGGUUGUUACCGUCAACACCUCCGCCGCUACCGCCGAGGAUUAGGAGAGAUAGUCCGGAGAUACGAUCACCGCAGCAGAUUAAACAAGCGCCGGACGCGCCACCGCUGCCCCCACGCCGGGAACCCGCCGCAUCGCCGAGUAGUAGUCAUGGAUUAUACGCGGGUGGAGGUGGGACAAUGCCAAGGUUGAAUCCGACGCACACGUCACAGCUGCAUAUUCGUCGACAUGCCAAUCAUCAACCGCAGCUGCCUGUGCGAGGUCUCAAUAAUGGCAGCACAAACUUGCCGCCCCAACCCCCGAGUAUCUCGCCGCGGCUGAUGAGCGACUCCAGCUCGACCUCCUCGGGGCAGACGACGCCCCGUUUGCCGCCACGUCCCGCCGUCCGCUCCGCCGGGCCUACCACUGCUACCGCCGGCACGAUGUUCCCCUAUCCGAGCACCACGAACACGUAAACCACCGCUCCCACGAAUAUAUGAUAUACAGGGUAAACAAAAUAAGACAAGAGGAGAGCAGAAUGUAAUAUGCAAUGUGCCAAAGGUAAGAAGCUGAUUGGGAAAAUUGAGGAAAUGCGUUAAAAAGUAAGAUGAUUGGAUGAGAAAGGGAGGAAAGCCUGUAACUAUUGUAAAUAUUGUACAAACAUUACUAGCAUGUUAAAAUUGACACGUCUGCCCCGUAAAAUUACCUUGGUCUUCUUGGGCUCCUCUUGAAAUCCUUAAAAUGUGUAUGUCAAUGUGUGUCAUCCUCUUACCAGGCAAACAAACAGAAGAAAUUAAUGUUAAAUAUUGCAAAAACGGAAUUGCUAUGAAUAACUUUUAACUAAAAAUACCUAAAUCUUAAACUAAACAAGAGAGAUACGAAGAUAAUGAUGAUGUGAAGAGUAACACGCAACAAAACUUGCAGAGAGAUUAAACGUUUUAUAAAUAUUAUUAUUUGAAAACUGUGAUAGUAGAAAGGACCAUUAUUUGUAAAAAAAAAGAUGAAGAAGAAACUAAAUACUAAAAAAGAUGAAAUAAUAUGUACUAUUAUAUAAUUGUAAUUGUAAGCUAUGAUGGAUGGCAAAGACUUGAAGAGAAGAGUUAUUGGUUUUAGCAUGAGGUAAAUAUUGUAUGUGUGAGUGUUGGAAACCAAAAAAAAAAACAUGGAGGAAGAUGAAGGUUGUUGUGCGUGCAGUUAUGUAUUAAUUGAGGCGAAAUAUGUAUGAUUGAUGUGAUGCGACCAGCGUGGAGUUUCUAGCGAAUUGUGUGUGCACAUGUGCAGAUUAUAUAAUUAUGAUAGGAGAUUAUAUAUUAACGACGAACGCUGAACGUGAAUGCGAAACAAACAAAUUGAUCAAGUACAAUAAAUGUAUAAUAUAUCAAUGUAAAA